CAUCUUAUAAUGAAGUAAACUCGACCUGUGUACAAAUACGUGAGAAUCGUAAUUGGUGUGGGAGAUCGUCUCGGCCAGGAUUCCUGCCCAUUAAGUGCAUAGGGUAAGAGGAACAUAUUAUUAGCAUAUGCAAAUGGCUGCUGCUAGUAACUCUGAUUUGGAACCAAUCCAAAAACCUCAAGUAACAUUAUAUGAGCAUAUGCCAGUGGCCACUGCUGAUAACUCAGAUUUGGAACCCAUUCGACAACCGCAAGCAACAUCAGAUAGCCAUAUGCCAGUGGCAGCUGCUGAUAACUCCAAUUUGGAAUCCAGUGGAAAACCUCAAGUCAUAUACCGAUGUAAGAAAUGUCGAAGAAUUGUUGCUGCACAGGAGAACUUAGUUCCUCAUAAUCCUGGUAGGGGAGAAUCAUGCUUCAAGUGGCAAAAGAGAAGUGGUGACGCGUCGAAAAAUGGAAAGGAACCUGUUGAGUGCACAUCCAUCUUUGUAGAGCCCAUGAAGUGGAUGGAAACAGUUCAAGAAGGUUAUGUGGAAGAGAGACUUCAUUGCAUGGGCUGCAAAGGCCGCUUGGGUUACUUCAACUGGGCAGGUAUGCAGUGCAGCUGUGGAGCUUGGGUUAAUCCUGCAUUUCAGCUGCACAAAAGUAGAUUAGAUAAGUGCCAAAUAUGAGGCGAGCCAUUCUUCAGGGUAGCGGCCAUGGAAGUUCUAGUAAUUAUGUAGGCGAGAGGGGAUAGAGCUUCUGCUUGAUUUUUAAUAGCAUGUAGGUCAUCCAAUUUGUGUAGUUGAAAAUAGUUCAUAUAUAGAAGUUUUAUUAUGUCUGGAUGAGUGAUGGAAGUCUUCAAAUUGAGUCUUGCCUUCUGAAAGACAAGCCACUUGAGUGGAAAUUAUGCUGCAAAUGGCGGUUACACUUUUUCUUAAUUAUUCUUCUUCUUCUUAAAUGAUUUGACAUCUUAUAAUGCAGCAAAUGUUUUUAAUCAAAUGCUAGUUCUGUAGUCUCA